UUGGUGACAAGCCAACAAACAGACACCAAUCUUCCAAACCAAAAGAAGUCGCAUUCCACUCGUUAGCGUCACCAACUUGCCAAGAUGGAAUGACCCAAUAAGGUCCUUGUUAAACUGAGACGAAGCAGAGAGACGGGCACGCGGGAGUGAUCGAGAAGAAGAAGCAAUGCGGGAAGAGGAAUUGGUGGAUAUAAAGUUCAGAUUGUACGAUGGAUCGGACAUGGGUCCCUUCCAGUACUCAUCGGCAUCUACCAUCGAUAUGUUGAAGCAGAGAGUCGUCUCUGAUUGGCCCAAAGGCAAGACAAUCAUACCAAAGGAGGCAAGUGAAGUAAAACUGAUAAGUGCCGGAAAAGUUUUGGAAAACACUAAGACGGUUGGUCAGUGUAAAAUGCCUUUCGGUGAUGUUGGUGGAGGAGAUACUAUAAUGCACGUUGUUGUGCAGUCAUCAUUAGCCAAAAAAAGAGCAGACUUGUUUCUCUUGGAGACUUCAGGCCUUUCUGAGAGUUCCGUAGUAGUGAUAACUCCUUUAUUAGCCUAUUGAUGAAUCUUCAUCUGGAUUUACACGUGGACUCGUUUUGAAACAGAGAAGAAACUGGAUGAUUCCCCGAGGAAAGUUGUCUGCUCUUGCUCCGUAUUGUGAGAGCAGAUACGUGUAGCCUGUCAGAAUAUUUUAUAUUCGCAUCUCUGCUUUGUCCUUGGGAAUAUCUGCCAAUCAAUCCACCAUUGUUUUUGGACAUGUACAAGUGUAUAGCGCAAAUCAUGUGUUCAUAUACUCCAAAUGUUGCUGUAUCAUUCACAUCUCUUUUGUAAGUUUUGGAUGGCAAGUGCAUCGGAUGGCCCUCAAUGAGUAGUGCUAGCAUAAAUUCAUCUGUCUUUCGAUCGUUUCAUAGUUCUUCGGUGGUAUUUUUACGAUGUAGUUGAGAUGUCAGAGGUACAGAGCCCUGGAUGGAGAUGAAUGCCGUCACAUUUUUAAAGAGGAGCGUUAUUUUGCACUGUGAUGAA